AUGGAACACAAUGAGACAAAAGAAGGAUUCGAAAGAGAUAUUGAAAAGAUAUGUGUGCUAGGAAGCUUACUAAGUGUCAUUGAUUGCGAAUUUUUGUAUUUCAGUUUUUCAGCGGCCAUAAACUCGAGGGAGAUCCUAACCCAGAGAGACAAAGACAACAUAUACACUGUAGAACUCAAAGAUUUAAGAAAAUCCAUAGAAGCUGGAGAAUAUGAUCCUCACAAGCACAGAGAAGCCGAGCAUGCAACGACGAAUAUAGAAACGUUACUCCAUCUUCUCAAAGGUAGCCUAGGAACCGGGAUUCUUGCCAUGCCUUUGGCAUUUGCCCAUUCAGGAUACAUUCUCGGAACGAUAGCUACAAUUUUAAUAGGUUGCUUAUGUACAUACUGUAUACAUAUGCUCAUCAACUGCGAAUACGAGCUGUGCAAAAGACGGAACGUUCCUCGAAUGACAUACCCGACUACGGCAGAAUGUGCAUUUCAAGAUGGCCCUCCAUUUUUUCAAAGAAUUGCUCCAUACACACCACAGUUUGGAUUCAAGAAAGGAACAAGCACGUCGAAAGCAGUGCUCGAAUUAGUCGACUUCAUAACUGAAGGUUUCGAAAACAAAGAAUCAACACUUGGCAUAUUCAUCGAUCUGAGCAAGGCGUUCCACUGUAUCAUGCCUCUGGAAAACGAGAUGAAAACACCCAAAUCAUUUUUGGGGAUUUGUGGAGUUCUCAAUUCAGCAAUGAUGGUCAUAGUCUCCUUGUACACUGGAUUGGGAUUAUAUGGUUACUUGGCAUAUGGCUCUGACGUAGGUGGUUCGAUAUCAUUUGCAAUAGGGAAUGACAUACCUGCACAAGUUUGCAAAGUGAUGCUUUCUCUUGCCAUAUACACUUCCCAUCCUCUCCAAAUGUACCCAGCCAUUUGUAUUGCCUGGAAAGAGUAUUUGCAGCCAUUAUUCGAGAAGAAUCCACACCAAAUAUAUUACGAGUAUGCUGUCAGAACUUUUUUGGUUUUUAUUACCUUCUGUUUGGCCGUAGCUGUACCUUACAUCGAACUAUUCAUCUCGUUAUUUGGAGCUCUCAGUUUGUCAGCACUGGGAUUGGCUUUUCCAGCCCUCAUCUACAUCAGCACCCAUUGGGACUCUUUGAAAGGUGUCAGAGGAACUAUGAUCAUCGUCAGGAACAUCGUCAUAUUCUGUUUUGCCAUCAUAGGACUCGUAAUAGGUACUUCUACGAGUUUGGAGAAAAUAGUCGAGAAAUUUUCUGGAACCAACUCAACAGUGUGAUAUACUACUUUUAAGUAAACAACCUUUUUUUUACAUCAAUACAUCAAAACGUGGAGGAAAUCAACUGGUUCAUAUUCUCCUCUUUAUCAUAUACAGGUCAGAAUUUCAAUCAGGAAGUGAAUACUCAACUAGAAAUGCGUUCCAUAAUUUUUAUAUACAUAUUGUUUGAUGUUCAUUCUCAUCGAACAUUGAAUAAAAUGUUAAACAAGAAAGCAUAUUUUACGAUGUAGUUUUUCUACUACUACGGUUUAAGAAGAAGUAGUCAGAACAAAUUGUAUAGGUCCACAUGCAUUGAUUUAUUUGAGUAAUAUCGCAGCACAGCAAAUAAUGUUUGUGCAGAUAACUUUUCAAAAUAGAUAAAUAUGAAUUCAUAUCUAUUUACUUUUUGUACUUUCCAACGAAAUGCUGACAGAUAAAAUAUCUACUGCUACACAAGAACCAGAGUUUUUUUAAUUUUAUAGUCUGAAUAGCUAAGUAUAAUCCUAUAUGUUCAGGGCUCAAAUCAACUAUACUUAAUAAAGUAUUGUUUGUAAAUAUUUCGCAAAUUGUUUAUGACUUAGUUUGUAGAUAUGUAAAUUAAUGUUUUUUCUAGUCUCAAACAACUGGAAAUUAUGUAAAUAUGAAAUGUAAAUUACUUUUAUAUAUUCCGGAUUGCUUAUUAUUGUGUUAAAAAAUGUUUGAAAAAUAAUAAAAAUAUCUGAUGACAUGC